AUGGCAUUUGGCCAGAAUCAUCGAAGAGAUGGUGAGUAUGAUGAGAAUGAGACUGGAAUCAGUGAGACACAAGGUUACAUUGACCUUGAUGAUGAUGUGCAACAAACAACAACAGCAAGUGAGGGCAGUGCCAGUGGCAGUCAUUCAAAAAAAUUAACCGAAGAGAAUGAUCCUAUUAAGCCACUCCUUGAUGAAGUAACCUUAAUUGGUGCAGGAAAUAGCAAGAAUGCGGGAGGUGCUAAACAGUGGAUUUGCAAUCACUGUAAAGGCAAGUAUACAAGUUCGUACACUAGAAUUCAUGUGCACUUCUUUGGAGCCCCAUUGGGAAAAAAGGCUAAAAUUAGAAGAUGUCCUGUUGUAGCGAAAGAUCGAGACACUUACGAACGGUUGCAAAAGAGGGUGAAAGAUGCCGAGAAGCUAGGAGUUUCUAAGUCGUUAAAAAGCUCUAUAGUUACAAAAAGACAGAAUUUAAGCUCUAAGAAACUGUUAGAGCAAUCUUUUUCUAUAAUGGAGAGAAGCGCGAUAGAUUUAAAAAUCGUGAAGGCUUUAUGUGCAAACGGGAUCCCGUUUAACAUUUUGCGUAAUCCACAAUUUCGUGAAAUGAUAAAUGCAAUAAGAAAGGCAUCUGAAGGUUAUAAAGCGCCAUCUAGCGAGAAAGCAAGAACCGUUCUACUAGAUGAAUGUGUUAGAGAUGUGGAGAAGGACCUAACACCAUUUAAAGAUACAUGGUACUCACAAGGUCUUUCUAUUGUAUCUGAUGGGUGGACAAACAUCAAACAAAAACCCUUGAUCAAUGUUCUUGUUGUGAACAGUCGUGGUUCUAUGUUCAUGUAUACCGAAGAUUUUUCUGGGGUGGAGAAAACGGGAAAAGCAAUUGCUGAAUUUCUGAUCCAAGCGAUUGAAUCUGUCGGCCCAAGUAAUGUUCUCAGUGUCGUCACAGACAACGCAUCCAAUUGCAAACUAGCGGGAAAGGAAAUCGAAAAGGUAUACAAGCAUAUUUUUUGGUCACCAUGUUGUGUGCAUACAUUAAACCUGAUUUUUAAAGACCUUGCAAAUGAGUUUAUUUGGCUAGAGGAUACAUAUAAAAAAGGGAAAAUGAUUGUCAAAUAUUUUUUGAACCAUGGACAAGCUUUAUCCAUUUUUAGAGACAAUUCUAAGUUAGAGCUACUAAAGAUUGCAAAAACCCGUUUCGCCUCUCACUACAUUUUGUUGAAGAGGUUAAACACUUGUAGAGAGGCCCUUUCAACAACAAUUGCUCUAAAUUCAUGGAGAGAUUGGGCAAAACAAGGAGAUGAACAUACUAGAACUAUUGCACAGCUUGUUGCGGACACUAUCAGAGAUGAUGAUUUUUGGAACGAAGUUGAAAACAUUCUAAAAAUCACGAAGCCUAUUUUCUUGAUGGUGAAGUUUUGCAAUGGUGAAGGCCCAAAAAUGGGCGAAAUAUAUGAGAAGAUGGAUAAUAUGAUUGGAGAAAUCAAAGAUGUGAUGAAGGAAAUCCUCGAUUUUAUGACACAUUUUCUUGAAACGUUAGCACCGGGUGGCAUACGAAGAAAAGCACCUAACCUUGAUAAAGAGGUUGUACAAGGUGUCAUGGAAGCUUUUAGUCGCAUUGUUGAAAAUAGAGACGAGGAACGGAUGUUACGAGAACAAUUUGCCACGUUUCACAUGAAGAAGGGUCUUUAUUCAUUACAUGCAACUCAAUUGGAUGCGAUUACUAUGGAAGCAAUUGACUGGUUUUUUGAAGUAUAUAAAGAAGGACCACACAAGAAGUGGGAUAUGGAUCCCGAAUCUACAAACUUGGAAAGCUCAAGGAUAGAAGAUAUGGUGUGGGAAGAUCUGGAGGAGGAUGAAGACAACGAUAAUGGCAAAGGAAAAAAACAAAGGGUGGACUAA